UUGCAAAUGCGCAGGUCGCUUCUGAGGCCGGAACCAUUCGGCCGGGUCGUUUCACGGGGGCGGGCGAUAAAUUGUACGGACCGAAGUGCUCCGGCGGAAGUUUCGGGUUCCAAAAGCUGCCCAGCGGAAUGAUUAAUCCAAUAUGCUGCUGUCACGUCUGACCUCUCAGGUAGCAAGAGCAUCACGGUUUACAGGUCGGCUUCUGUCAAGGUCGGCUGCUUCGCCGCUGCAUCCCGUCGCUUCUUCUGCAUCUUACUGCACGCAUCCUUCUAGCAGAAAUGGAGCUCAGCCCCAGCAGCAGUACGUGCUGGACCCCGAACUGGAAGAGAUGCUGGUGCCCCGGAAGAUGUCCAUCUCCCCCUUGGAGAGCUGGCUGACAGUCCGGUAUUCCCUCCCUAAAGGAGGAGUCGUCGUCCACAUUCACGAGAGGCCGGAGUGUGAACCCGUGCGGCAGUGCGACCUGCCUCCAUGUCCCCGCGACCCAGAGGAGGAGGGUAGUGGGCCGGUUGGGAAUAACAUGGAGUGCAGGAACGUGCUGAAGAUCCGGAGGAGGAAGAUGAACCGGCACAAGUACAGGAAGCUUAUGAAACGGCGGAAGUUUUUGCGAAGGAAGAUCAUGGACGGUCGGCGGAAGAGGAAACAGAAAAGGUUUGAAAAGGAUCUGGAGCGAAUCUGGAGGAGAGCUGGCUUGAAGAAGCCUCCAGAGGGCUGGGUGACGCCCAAGAUAUAUCUCAAGAAUGCGAGAUCCGCGAAAUCUGAUUGACUUUUGCAUUGAAAAAGGGUUCCGCCAUUUAAUUAAAAAGUGGUUUUGAACAAUG